GAUAAUUGCUUAAUAAUUGAAGAUUACAACAGAUUGUCCAUGCAUUCUUUAAUACGACAGAUGGGUCAGGCAAUUGUUUGUGAUGAGAACAAAGAACCAGGAAAUCGUAGUAGGCUGUGGAAGGUUAAGGAUGUUUGCCAUGUAUUGGAGAGAAAUACAGGAAGCUAUACAAUGGAAGGCAUGUUAUUGGACCUGUCUGAAGUUCGAAAGGAUGUUAAAGUGAGGCUUACAGCAUUCUCAAACAUGUACCAUCUACGCUUUCUUAGAUUUCAUUAUGGAUUUUUCUUUCAAUGGGAGAAAUAUUUUGGAUGGGCUCCUUACAAUAAAAUGUAUCUUCCUUCAGAAGGUAUUGAUUAUCUUUCCGAUGAGCUAAGAUAUUUUCAAUGGGAUUUAUACCUUUCAAAACAUUUGCCAUCAAAUUUUAGUCCAGAAAAUCUUAUAGAACUUAUUAUGCGUGGGAGCCAACUUGUGGAGCUACCUUGGAAUGAAGACCAGCCCAUUGGGAAUUUAAUGAAAGUCGAUCUUGGGUAUUGUGAGGGCCUUACUCAAAUACAAAAUUUGUGUGGGGCCAUAAAUCUUCAAUGGAUAAAUAUUGAAGGUUGUACAAGUUUGGUUCAAGUUCCUUCAUGGUUUAAGAAUCUGAACAAGCUUGAGCAUCUAGAUUUGGGUUGCUGUAUGAAUUUGAAAGAUGGCUUAGAAAAUCUUCCACUGAAUAUAAGGGUGUUAUCAUUGUAUGGGACGGCAAUAGAAGCAUUGCCCUCAUCAUUUGGGAGGCUUGUGAAUCUUGAAUAUUUACAUUUGGGGCAUUGUAAGAAUCUGAAAGAUGGCAUAGAAAAUCUUCCCUUGAAUCUCCAAAUUUUAUAUUUGAGUGAAUGCAGAAAUCUGGAAGAUGUACAAAAUAUUUCGAGUUCGAUGGAUAUAACAGAAUUAAAGUUGGUUGGGACAGGAAUUAAAACUCUGCCGGAAAGCAUUUGGAAGAUGAGAUUUCUGAAAUAUCUGAAUCUUCAUGACUGCCCAAAACUGGAAAAGCUUCAAGAAAUCUCGGAUGAUUGUAUGAGUUCAUCUCUUCAAAUGUUGAAUAUAAGAGGUUGUGCAAGAUUGAAAUCAAUACCAAAAAGCAUUUGGAAGAUGAGUAGUCUGCGAGAUCUGAAUCUUUAUGAUUGCCCAAACCUGGAAAUACUUCCAGAAAUCUCGGAUGAUUGUAUGAGUUCAUCUCUUGAAAGGCUUAUAAGUGAUUGCACGACAUUGAAAUCAAUACCGGAAAGCAUUUGGAAGAUGAGUAGUCUGACAUAUCUGAGUCUUUAUGAUUGCCCAAACCUGGAAAAGCUUCAAGAAAUCUCGGAUGAUUGUAUGAGUUCAUCUCUUGAAUGGUCGGAUAUAAGAGAUUGUACGAGAUUGUGUGGGCCUAUAAAUCUUCGAUGGAUAAGUCUUUCUACAAGUUUGGUUCGGGUUCCUACAUGGUUUAAGAACCUGAACAAGCUGGAGCAACUAGAUUUGGAUUACUGUAAGAAUCUGAAAGACGGCUUAGAAAAUCUUCCAUUGAAUAUAAGGGACUUAUCAUUGUAUGGGACGGCAAUAGAAGCGUUGCCCUCAUCAUUUGGGCGUCUUUUGAAUCUUGAAUGGUUAAAUAUGAGUCAUUGUAAGAAUCUGAAAGAUGGCAUAGAAAAUCUUCCAUUGAAUCUCCGAAGAUUAUAUUUGAGUGGUUGUACGAGAUUGAAAUCAAUACCAGUGCUUCCAUCAGGUUUAAAUAUUUUGGAUGCAAGUAACUGCUCAUCGCUGGAGACAAUAUCAAGUCGGAGGGAUCUUCAACAAGCUGAAGGAAUAAUGAAAGAGCAUGAUUUUAAAAAGCAUGAGGCGGUGUAUCCAGGAAAUGAAAUCCCAGAGUGGUUCAGCCAUCAAACUGACGAUGGGAACUCACUCCAUAUCCAGCUUCCUCCUAAUUGGUUUUCUAUUCAUGAUCCCUUCUUCGGAUUUCUUUUUUCCAUUGUUUUUAUGUUGAAUGGAUCUUGGCCUUACAUCUUAUUAGAAAUCAACUUCAAAACCAACGUGAACAGUGAUGACCAUCUUCAUGGUCCUUAUCGGAUACCAUAUCCAUUAUCAACAGUUGGAGGGCGGGAUAUUUAUCGAUGUGAUCACGUCUUCAUAGCGGACGUGAAAUUAAAUUUGAAAUAUUUGUUUGGGGAGGAGUGGUCCUCUGUUUGUAGCAAUGUCACCGAGGCUUCUUUCCGUGCGUCUAUACACGGAGUGGGAGAUGUGGUCGUCGAUUGGGAGAUCAAAAAGUUUGGGUUGGGGUUGGCAAAUAAGUGGGGUAUUGCAAUUAAAGUAAAAGACGAUUUAGUGAAUGUCGUGGUCAACCCGAUAGAUACCAAGACAAAGUUGACUCACAUGAUCCUUACAUCAGUUCCAAGAGAAUCAAAGGCCCAAUCAAUAAUUAGGUAAUCAUUUUUACAAUAUUUGAAUCUAAGCAAAUAAGACGAAAUUAAUUUAAAUGAAUAGAAAAUGUCUGAGCCUCUUGAUAUUUAACAGCCUUGUAUUUUUGUACCAUAUUAUUAUCGAUUUUUUGAUAAAAUACGUUUGAAGGGUAAUUGAAAAGGGAAAAAA